AGACUGACUCGAUCUCGAAUAACGUCUACUAAAAUGUUAGUACAUACUAACAGUUACGUUGUUUUAUUCCACCAGUCUUGUUCUGCUUGUUCACGAUGGCUGCAAGUUGACAAUGAGUCCGUGGUCACUGCGGUGGUCACAGGGAAAGCGCUUGUCUUUGUUUCGUGCACUCGCCUGAUUUUUAUGGUCUAUCUGCUUUCGCGACUAUUUUUUUUUCUCGAGCUCCGGCACUGAGUGGUUCCGUUGCAGAAGUGACGGAAUCUUCCUCUUCACGGGACGGCCAUGGCUGCAACCGCGUUUUCGCAAACCUCGGAGCCAUGCGGGACCUCGCCCUCCCUGCUAGACAACAACAUGACAGCAAGCGACAACUUGGCCGCUUUUGCCUCCAGAAAUAAGGUGUGAAUUAUACUAGCGUGUACCAUUGCAAGAUCGACAUGUUAUCAUCUUUUGAUUUGUUUAUGUUUUGGUGGAGGUCGUAGUUCUCGCCUUGAACUUGAUGAUAGAUCAUAUAAUCGCACACAUCUUCCCUCUUACCAGGUGAUUUUCCUGCACCCCGCGGAGCAGCGUUCCUUCGGCGGUCCCCAGCUUUCCGGCCCGAUCAGCUACCUUCGCUAUGUUCGCCUGCUCUCCGGCGAAUUUCUGCUCUGCGUGGGAUUCCAGGGCGGCACGCAGAUUUACUCCGAGGACGGUUCGUUUCUGCUUCAUUUGGUUUCCACCGAACAAGGCAACAACUCGGACGCUUUUGUCGAGAAACUCUCCUCCCACCGCGCCGCCUGCGCGCUGCUACCGUCCGCGAACCGCGAAGUGUUGGCGUUCGGAGACCACCGGGGGACGGUCCAACUGGUGGACUACCGACACCCGAACAACUUCGCAAAUUUGUCGGAAAAUAUUCCCUCACACACGUCGGGGGUAACGUGUCUCGAAUGUGUCAACUUCCUCCACGCGAGCAGGAUGAGCAUGGUCGCGACGGCGGAGAAUGGUACCGGCUGUAGCUGUAUGCAUUGCAAAAGUCUCACCCUAGUCGUGUAAAUUUCAAUACUUACUAGUUGGCACUUAGAUUUGUAAUGCGGCUUUACCUAUAACAAAACUAACAGGCCAGCAGCAACUUUCUUCCGAGCUCGUGGUCGGUCACGAGGACGGUAGUAUUCUGUGGUGGACAGUGGCGACGCCCGGGGAGCGGAUCCAGAUGAGCAAACUCCACCAGGACUCUUUCGAAGACGUUCCUGUUAACAUCUGCGCCACGGGCGGCACCUUUAUGGUGGUCGGGUUCGGCAGCGGUCGGCUGAUCGUGUACACGAUCGCAGCGCGGGAGCGGUUCGCCGAGAUCGCCGCGCACGCCCGCUGGAUAACCGGUUUGGCCUUCAAUCCGAAACAAGAACUGCUCGUCUCGUGCGCGGAGGACACCGUAUGCAACGUUUGGCGGGUCUCGGAGGAGGCCGGCGUCCUACUCGUGCACAGCAGCGUGGUCGAUACGAAGUUGCUCACGGGCUGUUGCUGGCUCUCCUCCACGGAAAUCGGGAUCCCGGCUUACGAUUCUGAGGCUUAUUUUCGCUUGAAAUUGUGAUCCAGUAUGAAUGUAAUGUUGUUGUGUAGAAGGAAAACGAAAAUUCAAAUUGAUGUCGAGGAUCGAGCAUCAUGGUCUGUCGUGAUCUUCUUGCAAAUCUGAAUGAACACAUUGCAUUUUGGAAGGCCAUGUCGCACUCUCCCUCCUGGUUAAGGUGGGAGAGCAAUGAACCACUACGCUGCUUGAUCGCCUCGUGCCUCUUUAGAUCAUAUCAGUGCCGGAAAUCAGGGUUGGUAUAGACUUUGACCGACUGUUGAAAAUAUGUCC